AUGGUAUUCUCUGUAUGCCAGAUGGUCCUGGAAGAAGAUAAUCAAAAGGAAAAGACAACAUUGUCACAAUUAACAGCAACACACGCUUCCAAUGAACUUGAGAUCAAUCGUCAGGCUCAUGUUUCUCGAUUGGAGAGAUUGAGGGAAGCAGAUAUUAUUUAUUCAUCUGAACAGGAUCAUGAUUUUGGAGACAGCCUGUAUUUUGAAAAUUAUACUUUAAUUAAUCUUCAGAAGGAGAAGAAUCACUUGGAGAAACUUAAUCAGCACUUACUGGAAGACUUGCAAGCAAAAGAAGAAAAGGUCAGUCAGUUGACUAAGGAAAACACAAGACUACAGGUUAAAGCAGAUGAUCUAGAUCAUAACCUGCAGCAGGAGAAGGCAUUCCAAGUUGAAUUGGGGAAGUUGAAGCGAAAGUUAGAAUCAGAUGCUAAAAUGACCAUAGAUAACCUUAACGAAAUGCAGAGAAUUAAGACUGACCUGGAGGAAGUAAUCAAAAAGAAAGAUUUAGAGAUAAAUGCUUUGAACACCAAAUUAGAUGAAGAGCAAUGUCUGAGCACUAACCUGCUGCGCAAGAACAAAGAGUUCCAGUGCCGCAUUGAUGAGUUGGAAGAAGAGCUGGAAGCAGAAAGAAGCAUACGAGUUAAGAUUGAAAAGCAGCGAGCUGAUUUAAACAGAGAGUUGGAAGAUCUGUCUGACAGACUCGAAGAAGUGGGAGGGACCAGUGCUUCUCAGACUGAAAUGAAUAAGAAGCGAGACUCAGAACUUAAUCGACUGAGAAGAGAAUUAGAUGAAGCAGCUUUACACUCAGAGGCUACAGCGUCUGCUCUAAGGAAGAAACACGCUGAUUCUUUGGCAGAGAUGACAGAGCAGUACGAGUCACUACAACGCACGAGACUCAAGCUGGAGAAGGAAAAACAGAACAUGAAACUGGACUUGGAUGACUUGUCAGUUACAGUUGAGAACCUACAAAAAUACAAGCUAACAAGUGAUGCACAGAUUCGAAAGCUGGAAGACUUACUUGCAGAAGCAAAUUCCAAGAAUGAAGAACUGCAGAAGGCUGUAGCUGAACAAAACCUCAUCAGAAAUAGGCUAACAGUGGAAUGUAGUGAUCUUACACAUCAAGUGGAGGAGAAGGAAACCAAAUGCAGCCAGCUAAACAAAGCAAAAUCGGUACUGAUAUUGCAAGUAGAUGAGAUGAAGAAGCAACUUGAUGAAGAAAUAAAGACAAAAAACACUUUGACAGUCACUCUUUCAUGUCUGAAACAUGACUAUGAGUCAGUGAAGGAACAACUGGAAGAAGAACAAGAAAGCCGAUCUGAACUCCAGCGAUUCACCUCAAAACUGAACAAUGAAAUUUCUCAGUGGAAGUCCCGUUAUGAAACAGAUGCCAUUCAAAAGUCAGAAGAACUUGAGGAAACAAGAAAGAAGCUGACUUUGAGAUUGCAAGAAGCAGAAGAAUCAACAGAAACUAUCCAAGCCAAAUGUUCCAGUCUGGAGAAAACAAAGCAGCGCUUACAAGGAGAGGUUGAGGAACUCUGUAUGGACUUGGAGAAGGCCAAUUCAACAGCAGCUGCAUUGGACAAGAAGCAGCGUUUUAUUGACAAGCAGAUUUCAGACUGGAGGCAGAAAUGUGAAGAAAUCCAAAUAGAGUUAGAGACAUCACAAAAGGAAUGUCGACAGUAUGCAACUGAUCUAUUCAAACUCAAAACUGCUUACGAAGAAAUGAAUGAACAAAUUGAGGCAUUAAGACGUGAAAACAAGACUUUGCAAGAAGAGGUGAUUGACCUGUCAGACCAACUUGGAGAAGGUGGUCGAAGUGUUCAUGAACUUCAGAAAUCAAAGAAAAAGCUCGACAUGGAGAAGGAUGAGAUGCAGGCAGCUCUGGAAGAAACUGAGGCAGCAUUAGAGGCUGAAGAAAGCAAAGUAACUCGUCUGCAGAUAGAGCUAACACAACUGAAAACUGAUAUAGACCAUAAACUACAGGAGAAAGAGGAAGAAUUUGAAACAACAAGGAAAACCCAGCAACGAGCUCUGGAUUCCCUGCAAACUAGCCUUGAUACUGAAAUCAAGGGUCGUGCUGAAGUCACACGAAUGAAGAAGAAGCUGGAAUGUGACAUGAAUGAACUGGAGAUGCAGUUAGACCAGGCUAACAAAAGCAACGGGGAACUCAUUAAAAUGGUAAAAAAGUUACAGCAGCAAAUAAAGGAUGCACAAGUCCAAGUGGAAGAGGAUGCCAAGCAACAGGAAGAGCUAAAAGAACAGUAUGACCUGAUGCAACGACACUGUAACCUGCUAUCUGCAGAACUCGAGGAAACUCAAAGCCAUUUAGAGACUUCUGAACGGUCUCGCAAAAUCUCAGAACAGGAAUUAAUUGAUGCAAAUGAAAAAUAUAAUGACAUUAACAGCCAGCUUCAAGUACUGACUGCAGUGAAAAGGAAAAUGGAAGCAGAUCUUCAACAAAUUACAAGUGAACAUGAAGAGCUACUCACAGACUUCAAAACAUCUGAUGAGAAAAUCAAAAAAGCUAUGUCCGAGGCUGCAAGACUUGGAGAAGAGCUACAGCAUGAAAGAGACCAUGUUACUCACCUCAAAAGAACCAAGAAAGUCCUGGAGGUUCAGCUGAAAGACCUAAAUGUGAAACUUGAAGAGGCUGAACAACUAGCAUUAAAAGGCGGAAAGAAAAUAAUUCAGAAACUUGAAGGAAAAGCAAAGGAACUAGAAAUGGAACUGGAUGCUGAGCAGAAGCGACACACUGAGACAACAAAGACACUAAGGAAGAAUGAGCGACGACUGAAAGAGAUUAUUUUCCAAGGAGAAGAGGACCAGAAAGCACAGCUGAGAAUGCAGGAGUUAGUCGAGAGGCUACAGACCAAGCUGAAGGCUUAUAAACGGCAAGUCGAAGAGGCAGAAGAACAAGCAAAUAUGAACUUGGCUAAGUACAGGAAAACAGUUCAUGAGCUUGACGAUGCGGAGGAGCGAGCAGAUAUUGCAGAAGCAGCACUUACCAAAAUUCGUACCAAGAACAGAGCAAGCUUUGGCAAAGGUUACUCCUCGGGUUACAGCUCACCACUCAUCUCCCUAGUGAGAUCACCAAGUUCUACAGGAUCUGAAGGACGAACAGAGAAGCUAGUGAAUGACGAAGAUACAUCAUCACUUAUCCCAGCUUACCUUAAUUCGCUGAAGAAACUCAUGGUGGACUAACAAAUGUGUUAUACUCAGACGAGAGCCUGACAUUGCUGAAGUCCCUAUAUAAAGUGACUGUACAAUCCCUGCAAAAUCUAUUCAGAAGAGCAAGCUACCAAUACUGACAUUUGUAAGUUUAAUAUAUCUUAAUAUAAAUGUUUUUAUUAUCAUUGAAUAAUAGCUGGUGAUUGCUUGUUUAAUAAUAAGCUGGCUGUACACAGACAAUAAUUCAUAAUGCAGAAAAACUAUAAAUUACCAUAAGAAUAAGUGAACCAUUUACUCAGAAUUCAGAAUGAUCAGUUUAUAUUCUAUACAGUUGCUUUACCUUUGUCACCUGAAUUCUAUAGCUGACAGUUCUAAUUUACUGUCUCAUGGUAUGAGUUACGAGACACAUCCCCAUCAAAUGCUGUUUACAACAGAGGACAGUAAAUGCUUCUGUUGCUAAAAAUCCACCGCUGAUGUUUCCAUUUCAUGUGUUUGCUGAGAAGGAAAAAGAAAACUGGUUUGUAGGUGGGCACCAUUAUUUUGUAGAGAAUGGUGGGGCGGUAGUAUAGUAGUAGCAAUGCUGCUUUACACUGCCUGGUUCCCCUGUCAUAAUACUGACUUUGUGAGUAUGUGUGUCUCUUUGUGUGUAAGCACACAUGCAUAUGUGGUGUUUGCACACUUUCCCAAUGAUUGCAGACACCUACUG